AUGGCUAGACUUAGAGAAAUUGUUUGGGCACAUGAUGUUGGUCCUAGGAUUUUUGGAAUUGUUGAGAAGCUAACAACUAAGAGCACUCAAUGCAUAGCAUCUUAUGCUGGUGGGGGGAAAUAUCAAGUUAAUAACAUCAAUGAUAGGAUGUAUGUAGUGGAUUUGGAGAGGCACACGUGCACUUGCAGAAAGUGGGACUUAUGUAGAAUCCCUUGUUUACAUUCUAUGGUUGUAAUUGCCAAAACAGAGAAAAGCCCUUAUGACUUUGUGCAUUCACUUUACAAAAGAGCUGCAUAUGAGAGGGCUUAUGAGAGUUAUAUAUCUCCAAUACCUAGUCAAGAAUACUGGAGAAAAACAUGGCAUAUACCCAUCAAGCCACCUAUUUACCACAAACAACCAGGAAGGCCUAGAACAAGUAGGCAAAAAGAGCUUGAUGAGAUACCAAAAAAUGCAACAAAGCUGAGGAGAUAUGAGAUUGUUAUUUAUUGUAAAACUUGUGGAGGUGAAGGUCACAAUUCUACAAGUUGUGGCAACAAUGGAUAA